AUGUCCAGUACAGUUUUGGAACAUGGUGACACCUCAGCAUUGGGUGCUUCUCAGGAUGAAGAAACAUAUGAAAAUAUUAUGCCUGAGAAGCAAGAUUCAGUGUCGAAAACCCAAACACAAGUAAAGAAACAAAGAAGAUCCAGGGAUGGAAAACUCAGUGGCAAACUUAUCCGUCGCAUACAUGUAGAAGGAGAUGCUGAGAAAGCAUUUCUGAUGUUGAUUGAUGCUACAUACUCAGUUUCCUCAGCUUGGGAAAUAGCCUUUGUGGCAGUCACAAUAUCAGUUAUUGCCAAUGCCAUUCGUGCUCUUGAUGAAGUUCCAGAAGAAAGCCCUAUACUUGAGAAUGAAGAUUCAGUGCCAGAUACCCAAAUCAAAGUAGAAAAGCAAGUCACUUCUAGAGAAGAAGAACUCAAUAGGUCUCAGAUGAAGUUUGAUUCCUUUGCAGAGGACCUUAAGCAGCAGACAACUCUUGAUGAACCACCAAAAGGAAAUAUUAUGCCUCAGCAUGAAGAUUCAGUAUUAAAAACCCAAAUGAAAGUGAAGAAACAAAGUAUUUCUGGAGAGGAAAAACCCAAUACUCUUGAUGAAUCAUCAAACGGAAAUAUCAUACCUCAGUAUGCAGAUUCAGUAUUAAAAACCCAAAUGAAAGUGAAGAAACAAAGUACUUCCAGAGAGGAAAAACCCAAUACUACCGAAAAGAACAUUAUAGUGGCUGAAAAUCUGUUGCCUAUGCAUAAAGUUUUGAGUUCCAGAAGCCCAUCUCAAGCUGAGAAAGUUGAAGCUAUCAAAAGUGAGAAAGUGUACGAAAAUCUUUCACCUGAAGAUAAAAUUUUAAUCUCAAAACACCCACCUCAAAGUAUGAAGCUUGGAACUACUAGAAUAGAGGGACCAGAUAUUAAAGAUGAACCAGCCUCAGAACUUCCAAAUACAGCAGGAAAUCUUUCAUCAAUUAAUGACCUAAUCACCCAGUUAGAUUUAAACAAAGUGGUUGAAACUGAUAUAGCACACUUGACAGAUGCUGUUGGAAAAGAUGUAAUAAAGGAGGCACAAUUAAAGAGUCGACAAAGUGUCCAUUUAUUUAAAAACAUGGAUAUAGCAACACAUUAUCAAGAAUAUAUGUUAGCCAAGCAAAUCACGCCAAGUGCAUUCCCAACAAAAGUGAUCAAUUUAUCACCAUUUGAAUCACAAGAUAACUAUGAUUUUGAGUCACCCUAUGUGACUGAAUCUUCAAAACCAUUUGUAAAAUUAUCUAGGGAUGAGGCAAGCACUUCUAAAACACCCCAUCUUCCUUCACUGACAAAAGCACCUUCAGUGUGGCCAAAAAGUGUGACCUUAAGCCAAAAAGUUGUUGAAUUUUCAGAUAAUCUGCCUACUGUGAGAGCUACACCUAGACAAAAAGUGCAUACAGACAAGAUUGAAGUUAUGCAUCCUCAGGUAGAAAACAGCAUGGAUGAUAUUGUGUCCUUCUCAGAGUCCUAUUGGACAUUAGGGACAACCAUGACCAUUGUCCUUCAUAGGAGACGUUAA